AUGUCCGAUGCUGUUUGUGGGGCUACAGCAAAGGGGAUCUUCCUCGCCAUCGCUCUUCGACGUCGUGGAGUUGGAAUCUUCGUCCAACAGAACAUCGUGUACCAGCCUGAGGCAACAAAUGCUGAAGGGCACGCUUCUGGUUCUGUGAAACCUCGUGAGUUUUCUGAUGACAGCAAGGAUCCCCACAACUCCGUGGUGUUCUCCCUCAAGAACCAGGUCGGCGGGCUGGCACGCGCUCUUCAGGUUUUCCAGGACUUGGGAGUGAAUGUGCUUCAUAUCGAGUCGAGACGCUCCAACCGACGGCAGUCCGAGUUCGAGAUCCUGGUGGACGUACAGUGCGACAACAAGCGGAUGGAACAGCUGGUGAGUCUGCUGCGUCGCGAGGUGUCGGCCAUCAACCUGGCUCAGUACGAGGACGGCGCCGAUCUGCCGCCUCUGCCACCAACGCCGCUCUCGGCUGCCGCAAGUUUCGAUUUCGGUGAGAUGCCGUGGUUUCCGCGCAAGAUUUCUGAUCUGGACAACGCCCAGCGUGUCCUCAUGUACGGCUCUGAGCUGGACGCUGAACACCCGGGCUUCAAGGACCCGGUGUAUCGCAAGAGACGCGAACAAUUUUCAGACAUCGCUAAUUCAUAUAAAUACGGGCAGCCUAUCCCCAAGGUGCAAUACACAUCAGAAGAAAUCAGGACAUGGGGAACAGUAUUUACGGAGCUUCAUAAGCUGUACGUAGCCCAUGCCUGCAAGGAGUAUUUGGAGAACUGGCCUCAACUUGUCAAAUAUUGUGGAUACAGGGAGGAUAACAUUCCACAGCUUCAAGAUGUUAAUUUGUUCUUGAAACGAAAAACUGGUUUCCAGCUGCGUCCUGUGGCAGGCUAUCUGUCUCCUAGAGACUUCCUAUCAGGACUUGCUUUCAGGGUGUUCCAUUGUACACAGUACAUCCGCCACUCAUCAGAUCCAUUCUACACUCCCGAACCGGACUGCUGCCACGAAUUGCUGGGACAUAUGCCGCUGUUGGCUAACCCAAGCUUUGCACAGUUCUCACAGGAGCUGGGGCUUGCCUCUCUAGGAGCCACUGAUGAGGAUGUGCAGAAGCUAGCCACAUUGUACUUCUUCACUGUGGAGUUUGGACUGUGCAAACAAGAAGGCGAGUUACGUGUGUAUGGAGCUGGAUUACUGUCCUCAGUGGCCGAACUGCGACACGCCGUGACGGCUUCUGAGAAAAUAAAACGGUUUGAUCCUGAAGUGACUUCUCAAGAAGACUGCAUCAUUACAGCCUUCCAGAAUGCCUACUAUUAUACAGACUCAUUUGAAGAGGCUAAAGAUAAGAUGAGGGCGUAUGCUGGCCGCAUCCAACGUCCGUUUGGAGUUCGUUACAACCCAUAUACACAGAGCAUAGAGGUACUCAGCAAUUCCCAGAAGAUUGCAGCUCUUGUAUCAGAACUACGUGGUGAUUUGUGUAUUGUAAGCAACGCUUUACGUAAGAUUCAUGAUCAUGAUGAAACUGUUGAUGUGGAAGGGAUUACCAGUCUGUUGCAUUCUGGCAUUCAGCUCGAGGAGGAUAUCAUAGGAACUGAGAAACAUUGAAUGUAGCCCCCUCAGACCAAAUAAUUGCCAAUUCACAUUGCUUCAUUGAGAUUAGUAUCAAGCUCACUAUGUUUACUCAAACCUAAGACGUACACUUGAUUUAUAACAUGUCAUGAGGAACAAUAAAAGCUAUGAAUUUGAGGUGCCCUCCAUUUUAUAACUUAAAUCUGCUGAAAAAUAAUACAUUGUAAUGGAACUGAAUCUGUGGAAAUUUUACUAGACUUUUAGAGAUAUAAUUUGGAAUUGGAAAAUACCAGAAAAGUUACAUAACAUAAAAAUAUUACUUGCCUGUACUGACAUCAAAGAAAAACUAGGAUCUGAGCUAAAUAAAAUGUAAAAAAUUAAAGAAGUUGUGGAGAUGAAAGUUCUACAGGGUACCAAGAAAGUAACAUUAAGGGGCAAAACUCAAAUGCAGGUCAUCAGGCACACUAAAUUAUGAUCACAUUAUUAUGGACAUAGGUUGCACAUACAUUACAGUAAGAUUCUUAUGAGUAUGUCAUAAAUUAAUGUCAAACACUAGAUAUUCCGCCAAAUGUCACAAUCAGAGUUUUAGAACUCCUGCUUUGUAUCCACAAAGUUCUAUAUUCAAAUCUUGGUCCAUAGACCAGCUAUUUCUGACUGAGGGGUUUUGUUGUUUUCGUUAGUCCCUCCUGGUAAGUUCUGGGACAAUACCUUAAAUUUGGCCCAUUACCACUUUCUUCCAUAUCCUUUCCAAUUCAUUCUUCACUAAUAAACACAUCAUUAUAUGCUGUAUAAUUGUAUCUAUUGAUGGUGAAGUAAAAUAAAUCUUAAAUAAACAAAAUCCAUA